GCAAGUAUAACUAUGCUAAAGAGUCGAAGUGGAUUGGGAUUUCAAUACGGUGAUGGAGCUAUAAUAGUUGAUGAUCCCAAAUUUUGGGAUGACUUCCUAAAGGUUGAUCCAAAUGCCAAAAACAUGAAUAAGAAAAAAUGGCCGAUGUUUGUGGAUUAGGAGGAAAUCUUUGGCAAGGAUAGAGCAACAGGGGAGUUUGCAGAAGGCCCAGUAGAUGCUGUUGAGGAAAUUCAAAUGAGUCAAUCCUCAGUACUGUUUAACGAUAUGAGUUUGGGAUUUCCUAUUGAUCUUGAUGGCGAUGAAGAAGUUGGUUCUAGUCAUAGACCUAAUGUGACUACGGGAGAAGCUGGAAAUGCUACUGGAGCUACUACAUUUCCUGAAGCAUCUCAAAAUGAAAAUGCUGGAGCAUUUGAACCUGAAGAAGCUGGAUCUCAACAAACCAAUAAACAAGGUGAGUAUACCAAAAGGUCGUCUAAUGUCAAUGAAAAGGAGAAAUGCAAGAAAAGAAAAAAGAUCCUGGAGAAUGAUUCUGAGAUAUUUCUUAAGGGUAUGGUUGAGGUUAUAAAAAACUUUACUGACAGUCAAGACAAACGAAUGGGUUCCUUAAUUGACAAGAUUGGAAAUCGUGACCAAUCUGAUCUUCGUGAUCAAAUUUAUUCCAUCAUUGAAUUCCCUAUAUUUGACUUGUACUCCACAGAGCAACGCAUCAAAGCAACAAUGGUUCUUUGUGAUGACGUCAAAAAGAUGGAAUUAUUUAUACGCAUGGGUGAACUUGAGCGUCAAACUAUGAUGUUUAUGAUCAUCAAUGAUAAACUUUAAAGUAUGGUAGACUGCAAGAUAAGUGGAAAGUUCAUUUUGCUAGUUUUGCUUAAUUGAAGACCUUUAAAUAUUUGAGUGUAGUGUCACUUUCUGAUACCUCAAAUUAUGUCCUAUAUUGAAAAUGAUUGGCGUAAGACGGACACGAGGACCAUAGC